CUGACUGACCACGUGACUUUUUGCGGAAGUAAGAGUGUCAACAACAUGAGUGGAUUUUGAGCCGUGUUCUUGCAACAAUGGUGCGCUGUUUUGCUUUGUUAUUCGUCUUAGGGUGCGUGAACAAACCUGUGUGCCUCCAGAGUUCAUCAUGCGGGGCCGAGCAGGAGGAACGCGGGGCCCCGCAGGGAGCAGCGAGCUGCGGCUGCGAGAAGCUGAAGAGAGACGCUCCUGCUGCUGUGGACCCUGUGGAGGACAGGACAGCUUCAGUAGAUCCAGCUGUCAGAUACUCCAGAGGCGCCAAUAAGAGGUCGAGUGAGGCUCAGGCAGAUGAGAGGAAAGUGCAGAGUAAGAUGGUGCUGAUUUCUGGAGGAGAGUUCCUGAUGGGAACAGACAACCCAGGCAUCCCUGCAGACGGCGAAGGCCCUCAGAGGCUGGUGCAUGUGGACUCCUUCUACAUGGACGUCCAGGAAGUCACCAACAGGCAGUUCCAGAGCUUUGUCAAUGCCACAGGACAUGUUACUGAGGCGGAGAAAUUUGGAGACUCAUUUGUAUUUGAGGGAAUUUUGAGCGAGGCAGUCAAAAACCAAAUCACCCAAGCAGUGGCUGCUGCCCCCUGGUGGCUUCCAGUCAAAGGGGCCAACUGGAGGCACCCUGAGGGUCCAGACUCUCACAUCACAGACAGGCUGGACCAUCCUGUUCUACAUGUGUCUUGGGCGGAUGCUGUUGCAUACUGCUCCUGGGCCAACAAGAGACUUCCUACAGAGGCAGAAUGGGAGCACGCCUGCAGGGGCGGCUUGAAAGACAGACUUUACCCCUGGGGAAACAAGUUGAACCCCAAAGGACAACACUACGCCAACCUCUGGCAGGGGGAUUUCCCUAACCAUAACUCUGGUGAAGAUGGAUACAUCAAAACCUCACCAGUGAUGUCCUUUCCCCCCAAUGGCUUUGGUCUGUACGACAUGGUGGGGAACGCAUGGGAAUGGACUUCAGACUGGUGGACUGUGCAUCACACCACAGACGAGCAACACAACCCAAAAGGUCCUACUUCAGGCACGGAUAAGGUGAAGAAGGGAGGAUCAUACAUGUGCCACAAGUCUUAUUGUUACAGAUACCGAUGUGCGGCCCGAAGCCAGAACACUCCAGACAGCUCAGCCUCUAAUCUCGGUUUUCGCUGUGUCUCUCAGGAGCAACAGUGACCUGACCUGCUUGUCUUGAACACAGAGUCCCUUAUCCAGCUGCUCUCUGACCCCAGUGUUGGAUGCAGAAUAAACCCAUGAAUGCAGUAUUAUCUGCCAUUGUGUUAGUGUCCAUCUGAUGAUGUUUUUUUAAAAAAAGGGCCUUGUCCUAUACCACUGCAGACAAUGUCAGAACUGUCUUAAAUUUUAAAUCUGUAUUUUUUCAAACUUUUUCAUUAGAAAUUAAUAGAAAAGAUUGUUUGUCUUCCAGUUUUCUGAUCUGUUCUCUUUACAUCUCUGAGCACAACAGAGACCUGAAUAACUCAUGUAACUCAUGCAGCAAAGAUCAGUGUGGUCAUUGCAACAGUUUUAUCAGUUGUCAAGGGCUAAGUCAUUUUUUAUGUAUAAUGACACUGAGAUUGUGUAAAAUUAUUGUAAAUAUAUAUAUUUUUGCAAACACUGAUGAAUCUGAAAUUAUCCUGUUUGUCUUUCUCUUUGUGUGCACGUAUGGACGUGUUUGUGUGUAUGUAUGUGUGUUCAGUUGGAGAUGUUUUAUUUUUACUUUUUUUUUUUUUUUCUCUGCCUGAAAAGUACUCAAUGAGUGUAAUAAAAAGAAGAGCUGACCAGAUAAAGCA